AUGUCAGCUAAUAAUUACGGUGUAUAUCUGUUUAGACAUAUCCAAACCAAUCAAAUCUUGGUCAGUUUGAGACAAAACAUGAAGAAUAAAGCUUUACAUCAGUUAGGAAAUACCAACAGACCGGUUCGAUUAAGAAAAGACUUGUGGCGUCCAUUAGUUGCAUUGACAGGAUUCAAUACACCUCAAUCAGCACAAGCAGUCUCUGAUGCAUUACUUCAUCGUUCUAAAGCAAAAAGAGAUGAUUUGAGAUCAAGCUCUGAAUAUCUGUCAAGACCUAAACGUCUGAGAAUUGUAGAUGAAAUGAACAUGGUAGAGAACUCAGUUAUCUCAUUACGUGAAGCACUUGAGGCUGUUGGAGCCAAGAAUGAACAAAAACUAUUGGCACUUUGGGAACAACCUCGAUUCAUGGAAUUAAAGGGAGAUAAAGACUGGCCAUCCUUUUUAGAGCAUGGACAGUUAGUAUUGAAGAAUAAUAGAUUUGUAAAAGAAGAAGAAGCAGCAGUUGUAGAAGAGAAGCAACAAGUGGCUUAA